AUGUCCGUGCUGACAAGAGCGUCCCUUGUCGAGUACAACCUUCUCCCUAUCGGAAAGGGUGCGGAUAUUUCGAAGGUGAUAGUCGAUGCUUACGCAAAGAGCGGAAGGGAGGCCGUCUGCGUCCUCAACGUCUCCGAAAUAGAGAGGCACUACAACAUCUGGAAAACGCAUCUUCCCGAGGUUCAGGUCCGUUAUGCCGUCAAGUGCAACAUGCACCCGUUACUCCUACGCUCCCUGCACCUUCUUGGAGCAGGGUUUGACUGUGCCUCUCCCGCUGAGGUGCGCGCUGCUCUGUCUGCCGGCUGCCCUCCCUCGAAGAUAAUAUAUGCAAACCCGCAGAAACCCAAGCGAUCCAUUGAAGAAGCGUUUCGCCUUAAUUGCAAUACCUUCACGUUCGAUUCCGAACAUGAACUGCUAAGUAUGCUUGAGAGUACCCCUCCUGGAAAGGUAGGCCGCUUUGUGCUCAGGCUUCUCCCUCCCGAUGAGUCCUCCUCCAUUUGUCGCUUUGGCGUGAAAUUUGGGGCUUCUCCCAGUGAGUGCUAUCGCUUGAUCAGGCUUUGUAAGCACCUGGGAGCAAACUUAGUUGGUUUCAGCUUUCACGUUGGCUCAGGGUGCGGCUCUGUUGACUCCUUCCGCUUAGCCGUCCAAUAUAUGGGAGAGGCAGCAAAGUUUGCCAAGGAGCAGGGCUUCACCCUCACAGUCUUGAACAUAGGUGGUGGGUACAUGUCCAAGGGCGCAGAGCGUCAUUACGAUGAGCCAAACAGACAUGCACACAUAACUCCUCCUAGCUUCGAAGAGAUAGCCUCUGCCCUCAGGGAGGAGAUAAACAGGAUCAAGGUUUACUUUACUAACAAAUCUGAGGACCUAGAGAUUAUGGCGGAGCCGGGGAGAUUCUUUGCAGGGGAUAUCAUGACCCUGGGAACGCGAAUAUAUGGCAGGCGCAUCAUCUUUGACAAAAUCGAAGACAACAGCUGCCUCACUGAGAAGGAGAUUAUGGAAUCAGGUAAGGCGUCCAUUAAUGAGGUCAAGUACUAUGUCGGGGAUGGUGUGUACGGAUAUUACAACGCCAUUCUAUUCGACCAUGUUGUCCCGCAUCUGCGUUUUACAGAUAAGCAUGGCAAUCGCAAGGAGCUCUCCGGGGCUCAUGCAGGGUCUAGCCUAAAUACGUCUAGCAUCUUUGGUCCAACAUGCGAUUCUCUGGAUUGCAUUCUGAAGGAGCGCAAGCUCCCCCUCUUGGACGUCGGGGACUGGGUGAUCACAGACGCAUUUGGAGCCUAUACUUAUGCAGCAGCAACGGAGUUCAACGGAAUUCCCCAUGUUAGCGUCGUUUGUUGUAUAGAGGAGUGA